AUGCACGCAGUACCUUUCUUACUUCGUAAUGUCCACGGUGUUCAUCACGGUUAUCGCGCUGUGUACAGCUGGGCAGGAGGCAUCCUUCACCCUAUGGAAGAUUGCACCCUCUCAGGUGGGCACCCUACAACCUACUUCCGUUUAAUCUCGGAGGUGGAGCUGCGGUGGAUUCUGGAACUGCAGGCAUACUUGUGCGAUAGAAAUGCAUCGGAUUUUGGAUACCCCAGGAGCAUCUAUAACCCUUCACGGUGGGAGAUGUCCAGUCGUUUAGCUGCUGACAUUGAGGAACUAGAGUGUAUUCCACCACGAUCGGGGUCUAUCGUGGUGCCCGCCGAGAUUGAUGCGAGUGAUCACGUCCCCACUCAUACCUUUCAAGAAGCCUCACACAAUGAGGGUGUGUCCGGGCAAGAGGUUUCCGGGACGGUGACGGGUGUAGCUCUUCCGCCUUGGAUGGCCAGUCACAUGGUGACACAGGGGAUGAGUGUCACACCAAGAGAGAAGGCUAGGGGCAAGAUGAAGACGAGGAACACGUGGACGGCCCUGAGGGGUACGAUAACACUGGGAGGAAUAGAUGACGUCUCUCGAGAGGCCAUGCAACAAGAAGAACAGCAGGCUGUGGUCGUAUCACCAGUCGUCGAUGAUGGCACCACUCAGGACGAUCAGCAGCUCCCUACAGCGGCAUGUGGGGGUGGGGUCGGGGUGGGUCCAAGGAGUGAUGCCCAUCAUGAUGUUGGUGGGGGUAGCCGACUCCACCAUGGGGCCACUCAGGAAGGCUGGCAUGACCAUUUGCAGUCUAAUCUGGGGCCGAAGAUUAAGGACCUUCCCAAAGUGAAGUUGCACGGCUCGCCCACACAAGAGGGUUGGCACGAUGAUUUCGACAUGGUUGUGGCGCCUAAGGUCGAGGCGAUGGCGAAGGGGAAGCUGGGAGGGUCAGCGGACCAGGAGGGCUGGGUUGAUCAUAUGCUCCAACCAGGGGUCUCAGACAGACCAGCAUUCAUUGACCCUGAGAAGCGACAUGGUGGUAACGGCAGCACUCUGGUUAAUGACCAUUUCGAAUCGCUGGGUGUGCCCAAGUGGGAAGACGUGCCUGGACACAGGAGGAUGGGCACGCCCCUUCAGGAGGGCUGGGUUGAUAAUUGGCGUGCUGAGAGGGAGUUUCGACCGUCUAAGAGGUUUUAUGGCGAUGCUAUGGUUGUCGCUACUGCUGCUUAUAUUGCCAUCUGCACAUACUACACUUUAUUCUAUGAUAUACCCAAAUUCAUGGAGACUAAGAUUCAGCCCUCGAGAUGGCCGACCGUCGGAACCCUGCUCUUCCAGACAGUCUUCCAAUCCAUCGGGUUCACGCUGAUGAUGAGCUUUGGUAUUGCCAUGACGAGCUACCACGUUAGCCUUCCGGCUGAGGCCCCAACCUUAUGGGAGGCCUUUACUGACAUCACGAUGUCAUUCAUCAUUGGUGAUUCCGGCACGUACUGGUAUCAUCGUAUGCUCCACAUCCCGUGGGUGUAUCGUAACAUCCACAGUGUUCAUCAUCAGUACUAUGAACCAUAUAGCUGGAGCGGUGUUGUUCUCCACCCCAUUGAACAUGCCUGUAGUCUGGUAGUCUACUUCUGGUAUCCCAUCUUCAUGGGUCACCACUGGUUGACUUUGAGCAUAUUCGCUUUCAUUUGGGUGGCCUGGCUCCUCGAAGAGCACAGUGGUCAUAACACAUGGUGGUCACCGUUCAAUCUGUGGCCCUUCGAACUCGGUGGAGGCGCACCUCUUCAUGACUUACAUCACUCCGAGAGAAGUCAGAAGAACUACGCCCCAAUUCUGAGGCUUUGGGAUCGUAUCUUCGAUACGGAGACCCAGCCAAAUCCCAAGUUCAAACCCGGCAUGUUCGUCCAUGUCACGGCGCUGCUCAUGAUUCUCCUAUGUGUUGGUAUUGGAUACGAAAACGAAUACAUCUCGCUACCCAGAGAGUUGUGA